CGCGGGCGAGCGUGUUUGCUGCACGCUGAACUAGAAGAAGAAGCCAACCAUGGUCAAGAGGAUUCCGACGCCGAAGGGCGACGAGUCAACGUUGAUUAUCGACGUCAGCCCGUGGCGCCGGGUGCCGCUCGUUUUCAUAAACUUGCUCCUCUUCGCCUCCAGCUGCGUGGUCUCGUUCAUAUGCUUGGCGUCCGUAUAUGAGCGGCGUGACGCGAUCUCAUUCCUGAACCGCUCACUGCUCAUCAGUUUCUUGGUGAACAUGGAGGUCUCGGGGCUGCUCAUCUCCGGUCUUCUCCUCGUCAUCAGCUUCACGGGGUUCAUGGGUGCCUUGCGCGAGAACAUCUGUUUCUUGCGCUGGUACGUCAAAGACCUCUGCCUACUUAUGAUAAUCACCAUAAUCUUCAUCGCCGGUGCCAUGAUCCUCCCCUUCCUGAGCAAGAACAGUGCUCAGAGCUUGUUCAGCAUCGACCUCAUAGUGAGCUACAGGGACAACCCAGAUUUCGCGCGACUUGUCGAUUUUGCUCAGAACUUUAACAUUGGGCGUUGA